AUGAAACCCCUCCUCGCCGGCCUCAUCUCCGUCGUCGUCGCCGCCGCCUCCUUCAGCCCUCUCGUCCAGCAGCCCAUCAUGCCCGGCGACGCGCACCGCCUCCCCGCCCAGCCAGACGACGAGUCCCACGGCGAAGAAAACCCCCCGCCGCCCUCGAUCAAGUUCAAAUCCGCCAGCACACCUCCCCCCAAACACCAAGACGGCAACGAAAACAGAUACGAACCCAGGGUCCAGUCCCAAAUCUCACUGAGCGACACCAUCGGUCCCCUGCGCUCCAUAUCGUCCUUCUCGUCGUUCACGCGUCUCUGCGAAUCCACGUCCUCCCUCCUAGCCGACCUGUCCGCCAACACCACCGUCCUCGCACCCCUCAACUCGGCAAUCGACAGUCUCCCCCGCAAGCCGUGGGAGUCGCCCGCCGACUACCACGCCCUCGGGUCGCAAGCAUACGACGGCAGCGGGGGUCAAGACCGCGCCAACAGGAAUCUCCUGCGGUUCGUGGAGGCGCACCUCGUCACCAAGAGUCCCUGGAAGCAGGGGGAAAGGGCAAGAACCCUAGCCGGGAGGGAGGUUUGGUGGGAGGAGAAGAAAGACGGCGAGAGGGUCGUGAUGCCCGACCGCGUCGCCGUGGAGCGGGUAGCCAGUAGGGUUUCAAAUGGCGAGCUGGUAAGAUGCCCUGUGUCGCCUCAGCGAUGCCACCCCGUCGAACUUGACGCUAAUGACUCCCAGUGGAUUAUCAGGGGCGUUGUGAACUACGCGUAG